UUUCAGGGAGGCGAGGGGAGGAUGUAUUUGCCGUAACGUUAACCAGCCUUACCAUCAUAACCAUGGAGUACAGAAAAUAUCUAAAGGAUGGGGCAGCAAUUCCAACUCGAACGGAGAAAAGGUGGAGAAGGAAUGCCAGAAAGGCCACUUCAACAGCCAGGCUACCAGGUCAACAAUGUGUUCCGAUGACACAGAGUUCUGCAGCAACAGUCAGAAUGGAUGAUGGUGACCUAGAACAGCCCGCCACAUCUACAACCAGCCUCCCUGGACAACAGUGCGGUCUGAUGACACAGAGUUCUGCAGCAACAGUCGGCAGGGACUAUGAUGGUGACCUAGAACAGCCCGCCAUAUCUACAACCAGCCUCCCUGGACAACAGUGCGGUCUGAUGACACAGAGUUCUGCAGCAACAGUCGGCAUGGACUAUGAUGGUGACCUAGAACAGCCCGCCAUAUCUACAACCAGCCUCCCUGGACAACAGUGCGGUCUGAUGACACAGAGUUCUGCAGCAACAGUUGGCAUGGACUAUGAUGGUGACCUAGAACAGCCCGCCAUAUCUACAACCUGGCUUCCUGGACAACAGUGCGUUCCAAUGGCUGAGGUUAACCACAACCUUGCCCUCCAUUCAGCUCCACAUCCUCCAAGUGAGGUACUACAAACCCCAAAUGUUGAGGAGACAAGAAGACAGCACGAACUGUUAUUAAUGACUUUAAAACUUAAGCAUGGACUUACCGACGAGGCACUAGAAGACACCCUUAAGGUUAUAAAUGUGAUAAGCGGAAAGCAUGCUGUGUCUUCCAAACUUUUUUUUUACAAGUCAUUUGAUGAAAUUAGGAACAACAUCCAGUUUCACCAUGAAUGUGUUGCACAACUGAACAUGAGGCAACUUCUGUCGGUCGGAAUGGAUGGCCCAAAUGUAAAUUUUAAGCUGAUGGAUCUCCUUCAAAAGGAGCACGCUGAGCUACAUGGAGGUGCUCAAGUCAUCAAUGUUGGCAGCUGUGGACUGCAUACCCUCCACAACGCAAUGAAGGCAGGCUUCACAGCAUGA